AUGGAUGUAGAAGGAACCUAUCCAGAAUUUUUGAAAGAAAGAGGAAUAUAUUGCAAGGAUGGAAAAAUUCUACCACAAUUCUACCAGCGUGACGAUAGUCUUGACCUGUAUGAUGCCAUCCGAAAUUAUGUCACCAAAUAUGUCCAUCUCUACUAUGACACACUUGAUAAAAUUAACAACGAUCCUGAAAUUCAAAACUUUGGUGAAUUAUCAAUGCCUAAGUCCGAAAGAGGUUGCGGAAUUUUGGGCGUUCCAUUCAAAGAUGGGAAGUUCAGUUCGACAGAGGACUUGAUACUUGUGUUCACUUCCGUUAUUUACACCAGUAGUGUAGUACAUGAUGCUGUCAACUUUCUUCAGUACGAUACAUACGGAUUUCCUCCGAACUAUCCAACCAAAAUCAAAGGAUCACCCCCUAAGGAUAAG